CGGAGUCGGAAAUUUAUAAAUCGCUUUUAAAAAGUAGCUAGACUGUCAAGUUCAACAACAUCGCAGUAUAUUUAUAAAGUUUGUGCAGAGAAAUAGUUUUAACAAUGCGUACAGUAGACCCAACCAUCUGGUCCAAGAAGAUCCAACGUCGUAAACUGCGUCUAUCUCGUCCAUUGAGGUUCGGUCCACGAUGGGGGCUGGAGGCCCGCGUGAGGGGCAGCUUCAGAGACGCCAUGGCGGAGUUCUGGAGAAACUGCUCCGUAGAAGGAGUAAGGAGGAUUGUCAAUGAAGACACACCACAAUAUGAGAGAUACCGCUGGAUGCUGCUAGUAACCAUCUCCCUAGUAGCCGGCCUCCUGGCGCUCUCCAUGAACUUGGCGCGGCUGGUCACGGAGCCCCCCCUCGUCAUCAGCCUGCAGAGCGCCCAGCACUCCAUCGAAGACCUGGCCUUCCCAGCUGUGGCCUUGUGCAGUUUUAACAUCGUCAGCCAAAAGAAGUUGGACAAAAUUUCAGCUGACUUAUUCAGGAAGGACCGGAACCUUACCUACUCACUUGCAGCUAUUCGUCAGAACCUGCUGGAUUCUGGCGCCCUGCUGACGCUGGCACUGCCCGUGGUGGACCUUCAGUUUGCACACUAUCUCUCUAAGAUUGCUCCCGACGGGGUACUGAACGUCACGUUACUUAUGCACGAGCUAGCCCCAAGUUGCGAGGACGUCCUGCUGAAAUGCUCGUGGGCCGGUAAAGAGAAACCCUGCGACAGAUUGUUUGCGACCCGCACCACCUCCGUCGGGGUGUGCUGCGUGUUCAACGGCCGAUAUGAGGAUUUUGACCGCCACACUUCUCCAAAGAUCUUGAAUAAGGUCGGCUUAGAAAACGGUCUCUCCGUGGCCAUCAGAGAAGACGUUGACGACUUCGCUUAUGAGAGGAAACCUUCGGCUGGGAUUGAGGUGCUGAUAUUCGACGGGACCGAGUACCCGUUCCUAGAGGGCGGGUCUGUGCGCGUGCAGCUCGCCCCGCGUGAGACCUCCUCGUUCUACACCAUCUCCGUCCGCGCACAACUUGUCAGCCCGGAGAUCGUCUACUUCACUGAGGCUUGGCGAGGCUGCCGCAUCUCCGAACCAAGCGGCGCUCGCUCCGGCCGCAGCUACUCCUGGUGUCUGCUGGAGUGUCGCCGCGACGCCGCGCUGCAGCUGUGCGGCUGCGUGCCCUACUCGCUGCAACCGAGGCAGGAGCGGGUCUGCACGCUCAACGAGCUCAGCUGCUUGAACAAACACCGAGAGAAGUUAAUGUACUACCACCCCAUGGGCUACGCCUUGGAUGACCCGGACGGGGGGGCCCUGAGUGAGGAGCUGCAGGACGCCCUCUCCUGCCCCGACUGCUGCGCGGACUGCGCCCGUCCCGUCUACGGUGUGACAGCUUCUUAUGCCCCGAUGUCCGGCCGGCAUAAGUCAGUGUUCUUGGACAAAUUCACACACGGCCUGUCACUGAUAAACACGAGCGUGUUCCACUUCUUCUACUCGUCGGAAGACCAGUAUCUUUACACGGUGAUGAGUAACUCUGACUGGUACGAGACGAUCGGUUCGAUCAGCAGCCAAUGCGUGAUACUCCUGGGCGUCAGCCUGGUGUCCGUCUUCGAGUUAGUGUUCCACUGCACCGUUAGAUGGCGCCACCAUUAUAAACGGCGCAGGAGACUGCGAAUACAACAAAAGGCAUUCGCUGGAGCGCUAAGAUUCUAGAUCUAGACUAUUUAGAGGUACUUUCGCUGUACACUUUCUUGGCCAUAUUAAGUUGUGGCAAUUGUGAGCGAAAAUUGAAAAAAAAUUCUUCACCCCCGAACAAAUUACUUAUAAUUAUAACGACAUUUUUCCAACGUGUAAUACGAAUUGUAAGUAAUUUAACAAUUAUUAUAUUGAACUAUUUUUGUAAAAAGCAAAUAAGUACCAGAUUAAAUACUAAUUCCGCAUUCAACAAUAUGAUUAAUAAGUCAUCUGUUUAAAUACCUACUUAGUUUUAUUGUAGAAAUGUACAGUCCGCAUUAUGGAUAGUGACUACCGGCCCGAUUUCUUUAGAAACGUCACUUUAGGCGGAAGAAUAUCGGACAUUGACUCGCCCGUUCCGAUCUCUAUCGCACGCGUAUGAGUAAAAUUGCUGUCCUGUUCGCACAAUGGCAUUGACCGCCGGCAUGAUCGGCGUGACAGCUAUAUAAUUACGUGCGAUAGAUAUAGGAGCAGGCGGGUCUGUGUACGACAUACGACGUGCGACUGUUCUGUGAGGCAAUGGAUAAGCGUGAAUCAUCUGUCUGUAUUAGUUUUCUUUCUCACAUUUGUUCUGUUUGUCCUUUCUAGACUGUAUCAUGUACCUUGUUUGUAUAAAUACUGUCUAUCAAAAAUUUCACAGUGUAUUUGUCCGCUGUAAUGCUGUGUAAAUUUUAUGAAUCUAUCAAAUAAAAAAAAUGU